UUUGUUUACAGAGAAAACAAAAUAGUAAACAUCUGCGGAACGGACGGGAUCAUAUAAAAAGGCUUGAUGUCCCGACGUGCACUGCGAGGACAAUACAAAAUGGCGCUGAGACAUUCCGGCGGAGGAGGUCGGCGUGGGAAGAACAAGAAAACUAAGGUCGCUCUCGUGUUUGACGAGGACGCAAGGAGAGAGUACCUGACUGGGUUCAAAAAGAGGAAGGAUGCUCGGAGAAAGAGGGCCAAGGAGGAGUUUGACAACAGAGUGAAAAAUGAAAUGAAAAGGAUAAAGGCAAAGAAGAAGCAAUGGCUAGAGGAAAGGAUGGUCCAUAUCCCCAAAGUACCAGAUUUGGAUGACUUGGAGACAGAACAGAAGGUGAUAGAACACCCAGGCCACACCGUUACCGUGACAACAAUAGCAGACUUGGACCUGACUGACCGAGGAGGUCGCGGUCUGGGUACCAACAAGAUUGAUUAUGCAGAAGAAGACACAACAGUCAAGCCUCCCACAAACAAUAGCGACUCUGAGGAAGAAAAGGACCCGGAAGAGUCCCCCUCAGAACAAAGAACUGGGAAGAACCCCAAGAAAUGGAAAUUCAAAGCACCAGUCAUGUCUGGCAGUAAGAAACACCUAAAGAAAAGACCACAUCACAAGAUUGAUGCCAGGAGCAAAGUCAAGUUCAAGCACAAGAAGGGUGGGAAACUUACCAAAAAGCAGAGAAGAUGUGCCAAAGGACAGACUAAGGAUUAACUGAUGCUACAGACUUUACUUCACAAUGUGGACCAAACUUCUUGGUUGUUUCUGAGGAUAA